AUGACUCGCGACGGCAAGCGCUCUGUGCUCGUGAUGAACGGGCCCAACAUCAACCUUAUCGGCACCCGUGAGCCAACCGUUUACGGCUCGGACACGCUCGACGACGUCAUGGCUGCCGCACGGGUGCAGGCUGCUGACCUUGGGGGUCACAUCGACUUUUUCCAGAGCAACUGGGAAGGCGCGCUCAUCGACCGCGUCCACCAAGCACGGACGGACGGCACGGACGCGAUCGUCAUCAACCCUGCAGCACUCACGCAUUACAGCGUCGCACUGCGGGACGCGCUGCUGAGCGUCUCCAUCCCGUUCAUUGAGGUACACCUCACCAACAUCCACGCACGCGAAGAGUUCCGUCACAAGUCUUAUCUGAGCGACAAGGCAGCGGGGAUUAUUGUCGGGUUUGGGGCAAAGGGCUACGGAAUGGCGGUCGAGAGCGCAUUCACAGACAAGGCCAAGUUUCCAUCCCGCCCCGAGUCAAUCUAG